AUGGAAUUGUUUAAUGGAACAAAAAUAAUAGAAAGUCUAAAAUGGAUAUCCUCUAAUAUGCACGUUGCCGGUACUGAAGAACAAUUGAAUUUAAUGAAUACACUUUCGGAAAAAUACAAAUCUUUUGGCUUUAAUGUACAAGACUUUGAAUACCCGAGUGUUUUAUUAAGUACUCCAGAUUAUUCUUCACCUAAUACUAUUCAUGCAUGGAGCGACCGAUAUUUUCGUUGGGAAUUAAUUUCUAGUGGUGUUGGCAGAUUGCCAUUAAACACAACUAUGGACAAUGAAUUAAAACAACAAUUAGAAGAUGAUCCAAGAAUUCAUUUAUGGUGGAAUGCUUAUUCUCUUAAUGGUACGGCACUUAGCAAUUUAGUUUACGCCAAUUAUGGGACUAAUGAUGAUUUUGAAUUGUUAAAAAAGUCAAAUAUUUCAAUAUCUGGAAAAAUUGUUUUAAUUCGUUAUGGUGGGAUUUUCCGAGGAGAUAAAGUACUUAAUGCUGAGAAAAGAGGAGCUGUUGGUGUUAUAUUAUAUUCUGAUCCGAUUGAUUAUGUACUUGGAAAUGAGGCAAAUUUUUUAAAAAUUAUUAGUGAUUGA